AUGUUCUAGAUUAUUUUCUACGAAGAUAAGAACUUUGGCGGCGGUUAUUAUGAGUGCGGCAAUGACUGUGUAGAUAUGCUGUGUUACCUGAGCCGCUGUAACUCUAUCAAGGUGGAGAGCGGCUGCUUUAUGAUCUACGAGCAGCCACACUACAUGGGCCAGCAAUACUUCCUGGAUAAAGGAGAAUAUCCUGACUACCAGCACUGGACAGGCAUGAACGAUUCAAUAGCCUCUUGUCGGGUUAUCCCCAAGGAGUCCUCCUUCGAAAUGCAGCUGUUUGAGAGAAUGGAGUAUGGAGGACAGAUGAUGGAUCUGGCGGAUGAUUGCCCCAGUCUAAUGGAAUCUUUCCAUACAAACACCAUCUUCUCCUGUAAAGUAAUGGGUGGGAAUUGGCUCUUCUUUGAGCAGCCCUACUAUGCUGGAAGAAUGUACCUUGUAAGGCCUGGAGAAUACACAAGAUUCAGUGACUGGGGAGGCAUGAGCGCACGUGUGGGUUCCAUCAAACGCAUUGUGAACACAUAUUAA